UGCGCUAUAUGUUUGCUCAAAUUUAAUGGAUGGAAUUGAUAGAAAUCAUGUAUAUGAGCUGAAUUCUAAGAAUGGGUACUGGUCAGAUUCAUGGUCUGGUGGUUCAAUUGUUUGUAGACUAACUAAUGGGGGUGUUAUUAGUACUGCUGAAAUGUUGUUUGUUCAAAUGUCAAAGAGAGACACAAUUUGGCUGAAUAGAAUGCUUGAGACUGUAUUGCGGAGCUGGAAUGAUGGUGUUUUUAGUUCCUAUCCUUCUUUUGUUUACACUGGUUCCGUAUUUGAUCGUGGCAGAGGGUAUUUUAAUUUUGCCGAUGCUUAUAGAAUUGGUGUUGAUACUCAUAAUUCUGGCUUGAUUGUUCUUAUUGAGUUGAUUUUCAUGAAUGAGCGCAAUAGAAAUUGCGUUUACAAGGUAAUUAAAAGACAUGGGUAUCGAUUGAAAUGGUUGUUUCAAAAUUCUAUUGUCCUGCAGUUUGUUACAACUGGUGACAGGGGUGAUAAUGGUCAGUUGUUUUCGAAAUGGUCACAAGGAAAUCGUGUAAGAAUGAAUACUCAUUUGUCUAUGUGCAUGCUAAUGUGUGCGAUUAGGAAUAUUUAUCAAUUGUUUCAUCAAAUGCUUGAUAUGUGGGAAAAGCAAAAAUUUCUUUCUCAGCUGAAGUAUGUUUUGCCUGAUGCGAUUUUGGGUUUUCAAUUUGAGUCUUUGGCUGUUGGUUUUAUUCGACUUCUUGAAGAAGUUUUUAGGCCAGCAACCGCAUGGUCUCACCAAGUUAUUACACUUUUGAAUUCAUAUGUUACCCUGGUUCGCUCCAUGACUAUUCUAUAAGGAUUAUUCUUGCAAUUGUUAGCAGCUGUUUUUGACUUCUAAGGAUGUUCUUCUUCUUAUCAAGUUCAAGGCUUACAUCUGCAGCUGUUAAAGACGAAGAAAUGAAGAAAUAUCUCCAUUCUUACAUAACUGGUCUUCAUUUCUUGUACUUUGUUCAACACAAACCUUCUGGCUGUCAACACUGGCUGUGCGUGGGGUAUAGAACAAUGAGAGGCUAUGGGAGUAUGAAGAUAAUAAAACUUGUACUCAUUGUCACACAUGCUCCAAUUGUGUCAAGGUGUGGAUGUUGGUAGGAUAUUUGAGGUGGAAAUUCAGAUUGGUUGCAACUGGAUUAUGGAGUAUUAAAUUUUUCGGUAUGGGUUUGUUUUUCUUACCUUCUUAUCUUCAUGGUAUUGCGUUAUCACCAGAUUAUUCCAGCCGUCUACCCCAAUUGCCUAAAGUUAAAAGUUCGACAACCAAAAUUGUUGGAAGUCAUUAUUAUCCCUCUAUGUUGAUGCUUACACUUUCAAGAAGUUGGAUUAGAUUAUUCAGAAUUUAUCACAUCAUUGACAACUUGGAUACGGCGAGUUCUCAAGUAACAAUUGCUGCAUUCCUCUUCUUUCUCAUCAACUUUGCUUGCCGAAUAUAUGAUAGAGGCAAGUUGUUAGCUAAUCAUGGGUAUUUUUCUUUGGCUGUUACUUCUGAAUGUUGUGUUACACAUUUGCUUAACGUCUCCAAUUCAGCUGGUGCCUUUCUAGAAUUCCAAGACUUUUCUCUUGUGCCAAGACCGGACUGUUUUCAGUUGGAAAUUUCUGGGUUAGUGCUGAGAAGAAUGCAGCGAUUUCCUGUGGUAGUUGUUCGAGUUUGCUUCCCUAUCUAUUUUGCAACAAUUAGUGGUGCUACAUUCAGGUCUGUGCGUCUUUUACUGAUUUUCUCAACUGUAGUAGUCCAAGCACAUGGGAAGUUUGUGUUGGUAUUUUGUCAUACUCGCCUGUCAUGUUUGGUUUGUCCAUCAAAAAAUGACUAUCUCCAGCUUGAGAUCUAUAGAAGAUAGCAGGCAGUACAACUCUUACAUACUGUAAUGCACACUAUAGAUGUGUCCAAGUCGGUGGCCUGUGCAAGUAUGGUUAUGUGGUUCACAAUGGACUGGACUUCCGAGGUGUUGGCUAGUUUUCAUUUUCAGAUUCCGGCGAAGUUGGAUGAUCACACGAGAAAUGGCUACUACAAGCUCAAGCAACUUGCACCAACUUGUGAUGGUCAGAUCAAUGUGAGGAACUGUUCUGCGGUAGUAGAAAAGCUACAUCAUUCCUUUGGACACUCAUACAAGCUUGACAUUUUUCAGAGGUGUUACCAGCAUGGUACUUUGAUUUCACAUGCUAGUUGUUCGAGUAUGCUUCAGUACCCAUUUUGCUGCAAUUGGUGGUGCUGCAGUCAGAUCACCCCACUAUUAAGGAUGGCUGCAAAUUGUGAAGAUUCUGCACGUGUUUAAUGUUGGGAACCUGGCAUGGACAAGUUCAGUUUGCUGAGGGGAUUCCUGUAUUGCGCUACUACCUUGUGUUGCCACCUAAUGUCAUGUACCCGCUGCGACGAGAAGAGCGUGUCACAACUCAGUUCUCAUCCUUGAGGACAAGGAUGUUUUCAAGGAGUGGGGAAUGUCAUGUACCCGCUGUGACGAUUUUAAAUUUUGCCUUCAUCAUAAUUGUUUUGACGGUGGUGCUAUUUAUAGGUGGUGGUGCCGUCACUUACACACCGAUACACAGCAUUCAGGAUCGUUACACCACAUUAAGGUUCGUUACACCGCAUUCAGGUUCGUUACACCGCAUUCACUCAAAGAGUUCACCGCUUCCUCUCCGAGGUUUAGUGAAGAUUCUUAAGCUUCCACCACCACCACCGCUAGAUCACCAUCACUUCAACUAAUUAGUUAAAUGAGAAGGGUAUUUUGAAGAA